AUGAGGUGGCUGGUGCUGGCGCUGCUCUGCCUCCAGCUUGGGCAGGGGACGGUGAGGAUCCCCCUGAGGAAAGGCAGGUCCAUUCAGGAGGUGAUGAGGGACAAGGGGGUGCCGGAGGGUUUCCUGAAGGAUCUCAGAGGGGACCCUGGUAGGAAAUACCAGCUCAGUAACGCUGUGGCUUAUGAACCGCUAGCGAACUACCUGGAUACCUACUACUUCGGGGAGAUCAGCAUCGGGACCCCUCCGCAGCAUUUCCUGGUGCUUUUUGACACCGGCUCUGCCAACCUUUGGGUGCCCUCCACCUACUGCCAGACCCCAGCCUGUGUGGAUCAUGCCAGGUUCAACAGCAGCCUGUCAACCACCUUCUCGGGCAUCAACGAGACCUACACCCUGAGCUAUGGGUUUGGUGACCUGUCGGUGGUGUUGGGGUAUGACACUGUGACAAUCCAGGACAUUGUCAUCAGUAACCAGGAGUUUGGCCUGAGCCUGGAUGAACCCACCAGACCCUUUUACUACCAGGACUUUGAUGGGAUUUUGGGCAUGGCUUACUCAGGUGUUGGCAUCCCAGGUUACAACACGCUGAUGCAGAACAUGCUGCAGCAGAGCCAGCUCACUGAGCCCAUCUUCAGCUUCUACUACUCACGCAACCCAACCUAUAGUUAUGGUGGGGAAGUCAUACUCGGAGGGGUUGACCCCCAGCUGUACUCCGGGGAGGUUUUAUGGGCUCCUGUGGUCCAGAAACCGUACUGGAAGAUCGAUAUUGAGGAGUUCUCCAUCGGGCUGUCAGCCACCGGCUGGUGCAGCCAAGGCUGUCACGGCAUUGUGGACACAGGGACGUUUCUGCUGACCGUGCCAGGACAAUUCCUGUCAGCAUUCCUGCAGGCACUGGGUGCGGAGGCGAGCAACUAUGGGUUCGUUGUCAACUGCAGCGAUGUCCCGAGCCUGCCCACCCUCUACUUUGCCAUCAGUGGAUCCCAGUUACCGCUGCCUCCCUCUGUCUAUGUCUUAAACAAUGAUGGUUUCUGCACUGUUGGGGUUGAGAGCACGUACGUUCCCUCUGACAGUGGGCAGCCACUCUGGAUCCUUGGCAACCUCUUCCUCCGGCAGUAUUACUCCAUCUUUGACAUGGGCAACAACAGGGUUGGCUUUGCCCUGUCAGCUUAG